AAUCCGGAAAUGACGUUUCAGGUGGAGUCAGUCUUUUUCCGCCGUCUGCCUGUAGCGCUGCCUGGGCUAGUACGGGGCGUGCGUCGGCGUCGCGGCCUGCCAAGGGAUUCUGGGUAACGGCCCCCGCCGGCUGGGGCGGCUGGCACCGCGCAGUAGGUUCCACUAACGCUAAGUCGGUUGGCAGUAGAGGUUGUGGGGCUGUGGGCAGCAGGACAUGGAGCAGCCGUGGCCGCCGCCAGGACCUUGGAGCCUCCCUCGGGCAGGAGGUGAGGCUGAGGAAGAGAGUGACUUGGAUGUGUCCCCUGGUUCUCCCCGCUGCCUGCAGCUGCCCGGCGGCGGCUCCCAGAUGUAUAGCCAUGGAAUUGAAAUGGCUUGCCAGAAGCAGAAAGAGUUUGUGAAGAGUUCUGUGGCUUGCAAAUGGAAUCUCGCUGAAGCUCAGCAGAAACUUGGUAGCUUAGCACUGCAUAACUCUGAGUCCUUGGAUCAGGAACAUGCCAAAGCACAAACAGCAGUAUCAGAACUGCGGCAACGGGAAGAAGAAUGGCGGCAGAAAGAAGAGGCUCUAGUACAAAGAGAGAGAAUGUGUCUCUGGAACAUGGAUGCCAUUAGCAAGGAUGUUUUUAAUAAGAGUUUUAUUAAUCAAGAUAAAAGAAAAGAAACAGAAGAUGAAGAUAAAUCAAAAUCAUUUAUGCAGAAAUAUGAGCAAAAAAUCAGACAUUUUGGUAUGUUAAGUCGAUGGGAUGAUAGUCAGAGAUUUUUGUCUGACAAUCCAUACCUUGUAUGUGAAGAAACUGCUAAGUAUCUUAUUUUAUGGUGUUUUCAUCUAGAAGCAGAACAGAAAGGGGCUCUAAUGGAACAAAUAGCACAUCAAGCUGUCGUAAUGCAGUUUAUUAUGGAAAUGGCCAAAAACUGUAAUGUGGAUCCAAGAGGAUGUUUUCGUUUAUUUUUCCAGAAAGCCAAAGCAGAGGAAGAAGGUUAUUUUGAAGCUUUCAAAAAUGAACUUGAAGCGUUCAAGUCAAGAGUCAGACUUUAUUCUCAGUCACCAAGUUUUCAACCUGUUACAGUUCAGAAUCAUGUUCCCCAUUCUGGUGUUGGAUCUAUAGGUUUAUUAGAAUCCUUACCACAGAAUCCAGAUUAUCUUCAGUAUUCUAUCAAUACAGCUCCCUGCAGUUUAAACUCAGUGGUACAUAAGGAAGAUGAUGAACCCAAAAUGAUGGACACUGUAUAAUUUAGUUAAGACUGCUGAAGCCAAGUGAUAUUUUGUUACAAGAAAGGAAGAACUUGGCUAUUUUCUUGACACUUUUAUGGGUGCUGCACUUUAUUUUUGUUCGGUUUUUGAUGGGAGGGGAAAAAAAGAGUACUGAAAGGUUUUGUAAAAAUUUUUUUUUAUGUGCUGCUAGGGUUUUUUUGCUUUGUUCUUUUCUGAAGAGAGGAAUGGUACUGUAUGUUGCAGGAAGUCAAACUGGACUUUUUGGGGGGGGUUUGGCUACUAAAUUUGCCUUUAAUCUUAGUAUUCUCAAUUUUGGAAUCAAAGUAUGAAAAUCUGCACAAAUGCAAUGUUUACAAGAACUGGUUGAUUCUAGGAGGCAUAUGCUACAGUCUCUUUUUAUAUGGAUAUGUACAUGUCCUACUCUACAAAAAAAUGAUUAAAGAUAAAAAUGUACUUGUAUCCUGCUAAUUUAGCUGUCAAAUCUGCUAUUUCAUCAUAUUAAAAGCAAUAAAUCAGUAGCUGAUAAUCUACUUUUCUAAAUAAGCUGGGUGGUACAAAUUAAAACAAAGUCUUUCCCCUUAAAAUAAUAUUACAUUUGUUUUUUCGGCACCAUCAGUUAAAUCUUUGACUGAAAUAUUAAUCUUAUAUAGAUAUUAAAUUUACCCCCAAGUAUUCUCAGAACUGAUUCCUUAGAAGUUGAUUUUACACUGUUGACAUUUUAAUAUUAGGGAUGUAUAAUGAUAUAAAAAGUGAUAAAGCUAAUACAGAUUUUUUUUUUCAAUAAGAUCACCUUCAAGCUCACUCUUAAUUUCUUUACUUGACAUAGUAUGGGAUCUCUCAGGGAGCAAGUUUUAAAAGAAUACUAAUGGCCUUUAAGAACAAACAGGAAAAAUAAUCUGAUUUUUUAAAUUAUAGGUAUUGUUUGUUUCACUCUGAUAUGGCCCAAGGACUUUUUUUUAAAAGGCAAGAGAAAUCUUUUAGAGCUAACUGUUUAUUUCUAAGAAUUUGGUGGUCCUUAUUGGUAAUGAUGGCUUUUACUACAUUUGUCAUUCCUCUCUUUAGCUUAGUUACCAUAGAAUGCUUCUGAGCUUUACUACUCCUAUAUAAUUCACUUUAAAUAUGCCAGGAUAUUUGAUGAUUCAUUUUAUUUGGAAUGAGAUGGCAAUGCUAAUUAUACUGUCCUUAUUACUUGAGGAUUAACCUUCUGACUUAAAGGAAAACGAGCUUUGAUUUGUACUGGAUGUGGUCUUUGGCUCGGUCCCAUUGAGGCUAGUAGCAAACAUUUAGAAGAUGACUAAAUGGGAUUUGGAAUAUAUGUCUCAAUUUGAGAAACCAAAUAAUGCUAAGGGACCCAUGUGGUCACACCUGUGACCUUGGCUUCACUUGCACCUUGUUUUAACUAACUGAGGUGAUAGGCACUUAGUACCUAUAGAAAUGGACUGGAAUUCUGAAUCAUACAUAUGUAACAUCACAAUCUUCCUGGUUUUCAGAAUAAAACUCUUUUUGUGCUUUUGAUAUAAAUAUAUACAAUAUAAUAAAAUGUUUGACUAAUUUAUAUGGUAGUAUUCAUCAGCCUGCUUUUUUAAAUUAAAAAAAAUUUUUUUUAAUCUAAUUACCUAGUUAUAGUUUCUCUCAUUUUUUUUUUUUUUUUCCUUCUGUUUUGGAGCAAGCUCUUGUUUUUUCCUUCCUGUCAAACAGAGAAUGAACAUAGGAAUAAAAUCCCCAGUUUCACAGAAGAGUUACUUGAAGCAUUACUUUCCAUUCCUCAACUUUACCUUUCUCCAGGAUUUACCAAUAAACACUCAAAUUGUUUUGAAUUUCAUUUUGCCUUGUUAGAACUAUUAAAAACUGAAGACUGGAAGGAGAGAAAUUAUCAGCAAACUGAGUAAACUAUUUCUGAAGGGUUCUUUUAGGUUUUGUUUUCUAAAACAGGAAUUACUGAAGAGCUAUUUAAAAAUUUAGCUGUGUAUUCUACUUUUAAAGGGAAGUGUUGUGUGUUUUGAAUGUGAAAGUGAUUGGAUUUAUUUUGGGAACUACUGAUUGAUGCCAUAAUUUGCACCUAAAGACUAUAACUUACAUAUUUAGCAGUACUUUAGUACUAAGGAUAAUAAAUUGACAUCCUUUUUAUUUUUCUUUAUUUUGCUUUAGUACUAAAAACUAACUCCUAUUUGGAGAAAUGUGUUCUGGUUUCUUAAAUAAUAAGAAUAUACUAAGUAACCAAAGGGAUAAUUUAUAUUUCAGGUUGGACAUUUUUCUCCAAACAAAUUAUUUAAACCAUGGAAAGUAGAAACGUAUCUUUGACAUCAAAAUAUCCAUCAAAGAUUCUUAUUUCAUUUGAUAUAGUUGAUAUUCUAAUAAGAGAUUUUUUUAAAAAUAGCCAUCACUUUAUCCCCUGUUAAUUUAGUGUCAUUUUAUCAAUGAUGGUGGAAUUAAUACUGAUUUAAGAUUAUUCUUUAGGAGAGAUGGAUGAGUUACAGUCUCAUCUAGUGAGCUUUUUCAAAUUUCAUUCUCAUCUAUUAGUGGGCUCUUUGAAAUUUUGCCUAACGAGCUCACAAUCGCCCAUAAAUUCUUUUUCGGAACACUGGAACUUCUUUCAGACUGGCAUUCCUAUUACCCCUUUAAAAGUGAACUAAGGAAUUUCCGCAGUGGGUCAAGAAUCUGACUUAAGUGGCUCCAGUCGCUGUGUAGGCAAGGUUCAAUCCCUGGCCCAGCAUAGUGGAUUAAAGAAUCCAGUGUUGUUGCAGCUGCAGCUUGGAUUCAGUCCCUGGCCCAGGAACGUCCAUAUGCCUCGGGUGCAGCCACUAAAAAAAAAAAAAAAAAGUGAACCAAGAUGCUGCCCAAAGAAUGGGAAUCUAGUUUAUUAAGUAGAUUAUUUUACAGAAUUUACAGGAUGAAAACAUUGAUUGUGGGUUGAGGCAAAGUGAUCCUGAAGUUAACCUUGGGGUAUUUUCGAAGAAUAAAAAGAUAGUCAAUUUACUGUUCUCAGAGUCAGUCACAUAUUUCAGUUCUUAAGUUGAUGUGGGACAGAAAUGUACUUGCCUCAGCUGAUAGUCAUGCUUUUCAUUUCAGUUUUGCUACUAUAUCAUACGCAUUUUAAUAAGUUCCUAAAAGUCUAUGCAUCCAUUUUUCAUCUGUAAUGGACAUGUAUGUACUAUUUCAUAGGUAUUCUGAGAAGCUGACUCAUAAGUAUUUAUUUGCUUGCUUACUAUGUAAGCUAAUUGGGGGUCGGAGGGUACAAAAAUGAAUAAAAGUUGAUUAUGAAUUGCUUACCAUCUACUAAUGGAGUUGAAACCAUUCUCAUAAGUCUUGAAGAAUUAGACUUGAAGUUUUAAUCUUUUCUAAGUAUGAAAAUUAUAAAAAUUCCCACAUACCUCACUUGUUUCUAAAAAAAUCAUGAUUUCUCAUGUUAUUUACUCUUCACACUUUAUUUACAGUCCUUUGGUAAAACGACAUCACCAGACUGAUUUACACUUUGGUGAAAUUCUUCCAAAAUGUUAUUUAGCAUGACCACUUUACUCAGUGCUAUAUAUAUGGAAAAACAUAAUCAUUAGUGCGCUAAACAAAAAGCUGGAGCUAGGUGUGGGCUCUACAAAGCAUAUUGGCUUUUACCAGAACCCUUAAACAAAGCUAGACUAUUUUGACUGGGUUUAAAAAUUUUUAACUAUAACUUCUAAAUCGAAAUCUUGAGUUGCAAAGAUAGGAAAGCUGUUUCUCCAGUUUACUAGUGUCUUGGAAUAUUUCCUUUUGUCACUGGGAAGACAACUAUAAAUAUAUUUAAAAUAUAAAUUUAUUGCUGUUAUUGGCUACAGUAUUUCAGCAGUUUAAUAAAAUCUGAGGUCUGUAAUUACCAUGA